GUAAAAAAGAUUUCGCGCGAAAACCGUCCCGAGCCUUGUUUCGAUGUAGAUCAGCUGGGACAAUAACAACAAUAACAGCCGAUAACGGGGUCGGGACGGCGCCCCUUGGACGCGGACCGCUGCCGGAGUGAAAGACCGAAGGGGCCGGCGGCUGCCCUCGCAGAGGAUGCGUGUGUAUUCCACCGCUUUAUUUGCUUUUAUUUCCACUUUUGUCGGACUGCUUCCUGCGUGCACCCAACACAACGAGGGGCUCCGAAGGAACUGCGGCUAAUAACUCGGCUAACAUGCUAACGUGCCACUUAUGCUCCCGCUGAACGGAUUUGUGUGCCGAGCGGCUCCUUCACGCAGACGCCUUUUUGGGGAACAUGGCGAUGCCCUUUGUACCGUGGAAGUCUCCUGGCGAUAGCACACUUCUGGAAAGCUGCCGCAAAGUUGCGACCGACUCGUAAGCGAGCCCCGUCGGGUUAGGGUCGGGUCGGGAGAAACGCCGCAGGUGCUCCCUCUGCGGGAGGCGCACCUGGCGGCCGCACGCGCCCCCUGCGCGAACUUUGCGCGGUCCGGACAGGAGCUAGCUGGUUAGCAGCUGAGGGCACCGUGCGGCCGAGGCCUCGCGGCUCUACUGUACACUGACAGCACACGGAUGACAACAAAAGAUUAGCCCGCUAGCUCGCUAACCUCCUGCGUUGUUUUUUUUAUUAUUAGCCAAUGUGCGACUCUUUUUCUUUCUUCCCCCUGACAAUCGUAGGCGGCUGGGGGGGGGGGGUCGGUAAUGCGUCGAGCAAUAUUCGAUCGGCCAAAUCUCCUGUUUGGCAGCACGCCCUGUGCUGUGGUGUCAGCGUAAGUGUCGGAAGCGAUUGAGCACGUCGCAAUUCGCGAGAGUGAUAACUCGUAACGUGUGGUCGUGUGUCGCCCUGUGGGCCGGGACGUGUGCGUGUUGAGAAACUGUACAAUCUGGGAAAGUGGAGAAGGAGCAACAUGGUGGAGCCGCCCGCGAUCCCCCGCAAGAACACUCCCAGGAGCUCCCACCAUUGUUCCCCGAGUCCACUGAGGGCAGCAGAUGCAAAGUGGUGUUGAACCUCCUUGUCUGAACCACAGCACCGUAGUGUUUGGACCCCCCCCCACACACACACACUCCCCUGCCCCUCCCCAAAAAGUCCAGCGAAGGGGCCACCCGGUGACACACUUGCCAUGUCAGAGACUCUGAUCACGGGGCAGACAUCGGAGGACCUGCUGGCCGACUUCGAGACGCUGCUGAACUCGGGGAGCCUGGGCGCGGACCACCAGAUCGUGAUCAUCACCAGCCCCGGCAGCGAGGGUCUCCACCCGGCCGCCGCCCCCACCAGCACUGGGGAGAUCCUGCUGUUCGCCACGCCCCAGGGCCCCGCCAACGUUGGCGUCCAGGACAAGAGGCGGCCGGCCCUGGGAAGACCUCCGGUAAAGAGGAAGUUGGAUCUGGACAGCGACCAUCAGUAUGUCAGCACCACUCGACCGUCCGUGGGCCCAGCGCCGCCCUCCACACCUGCCCCGCCCAGAGUUCCCCAAAGCACGACGGAGAAGUCGCGGUAUGACACGUCCCUGAACCUGACCACCAAGCGCUUCCUGAGCCUGUUGUCCCAGUCGGCCGACGGCGUGGUGGACCUGAACUGGGCCUCGCAGGUCUUGGAUGUCCAGAAGAGGCGCAUCUACGACAUCACCAACGUCCUGGAGGGAAUCCAGCUCAUCUCCAAGAAGUCCAAGAACAACAUCCAGUGGCUUGGUAAUCGAAUCGACGCAGCACUGGUUUCCCGCCACAAGGAGCUGCAGAGGGAGGUGUGUGACCUCACCGAGGCCGAGGAGCAGCUGGACGAGCUCAUUUCCAAGUGCAACCUGCAGCUCCAGCUGCUCACAGAGGACCCGCAGAACAAGAAGCUGGGCUACGUGCGCUGCCAGGACCUUAGGACGUCGUUCGAUUCCCCAGACCAGCUGGUGAUGGUGAUCAGGGCCCCACCAGAGACCCAGAUGCAAGUGUCAGAACCCAGCGAGGGUUACCAGGUUUCGCUGAAGAGCACGCGUGGCGCAAUCGACGUCUUCCUCUGUCCAGAAGACAGCUCAGGCGUCUGCAGCCCCGUGACAGGAAGCAGUCCCACCAAACCCAGUGCUGACCCCUCCCUGGCCCCGCCCCCCGCGCAGCCGGCGGACCAGUCACGCGCGAGAAGUGCCACGGCCGCCCUGGAGGUGGAUUUAUCGUCCCCGUCGUCGACGUCUUCCACGGUGACCGCAUCCUCCCAGCAGGACCCCUCAUCUCUGGUGUUAGGUGGGCACACAGAAUCGCUGCUGGGUGGCGAUCCGUUCUCCGGCCUCGGGGACAUGCCCGACUUUGACCUCUCGCCCCUCUCCUCCUCGGACUUCCUGAGCGGAGACGGCCUCCCCCUCCCGUUGGACGGCUUCAUCAACCUGUCCCCGCCACACAGUCACGACUACCACUUCGGACUGGAGGACCACGAAGGCAUCAGCGAGCUGUUUGACUGCGACUUUGGUGACCUGUCGCAGGUUUUGGGAGACAGUUAGAUGAUGGCGAAGGAGGAAUGAGGGGGAAAUCUUUCUAAAUUGGGGACUAUUCCCUCUGUCCUCUGUGGCUGCUGAAGGAGGGCUGGAAAUCAACAUUUUACCGACAGAUCUUUGUUAAAAUAAAACCCCAACAUGUUUGCGUUUUAAUUGGUGGGUGGAGGGUAAAUUAUUUGCGUAAUUGCCUGUGACCCCCACUUACGAAAUCUCGGACGUCCCCCAAAAUUGUACAGCACACGAUUAGCACUUCUCCUUGGCCCCUUAAAGGUUUUAGACCGAGACUUCAGCUUUAGUAUAGCUAUUUAAAUUAUUUAUAUGAACAUUGUUUUGAUAUUUUGUACCAAGUGAGGUUGUUGCUGUCGAUGAUAAUGUUUGUGCAGGUGCUCGUGUGCGGAGUACGGACUCAUUCGGCUUGGUUUCCUUCACGCCGGUUGGCUGCGACUCGCGGGGCUGGUUUCUAGGUCGGCUCAGUCGUCAAGUGUUUUCUCCGGAGGGACGCUGCUUCAAUGAAACCAGUGUUGGUGGUAGUGACAGAUUCAUGGCUGAGCUUUCUGAAAUAAUAUCGGAGCUAUAGUGUAGCUCUUUGUCGUCGUCGUCCCCCCCACACACACACACACAAUGGCAGUUAUUCUACAUUAGUCCUCUCCCUCACCAAUGUUUUGUUUCUAAAAGACUGGAAUCCUGAAGGAACUGGAUGAUCUGACGGUGAAAAUCUCAGGCCGCAGCUCCACAGUCUCAGUAGAGUUUGUCAUAAAUUGUCUAUUUGAGUGGAUUCAAACUCGUCUUCGGCGUAGUGAACCCCAUCUUAGAACGAGGACGCUUUUGGGAACUGAUCUCUCUUGAAGAAAAUGAUAACGUGAGCGGCUACCGUGACAUUUUCAAUAUAUUUCUCCCCCCACUCCUUCAAAAAUAAACCUCCCACGUUGCCACGUUCGUCCUCUACGCGUCUGGAGAUAACUCAGAAUGCUCAGAAGCCAUUGCAGAGAAUCGAAAUGAAAAAUAAUAAAGUCUCGAAGGAAAAAAAGAUGUCUUUAAAGUCGUGUGUAGGAAACCAGGCGAUGAGAGACUGCUGCAGUUGUGGUAGCGGGUAAGAACUAGUACUGAAUAUAUUUGUUCCGUAUUGGUUAGCUAGGCAUUUGGCCUUAGUCUCAGGUGUUCAGAGCAAAGUGUUCCAUUGACCCAUUGUGAUGCAACGUGAGCGGGACCGGUUCAGAGGGUGACGCGCAGGUUGGUGGUCGAUUUUUUUCUUUUUCUUUUUCUUUUUCUUUUACAGGUUUAGAAAACGCUCGGAAGACGGCGCAUGUUUUAAAAAGAUUCCCUUUUUAACCUUUUUCCGCCGAGGGUUCGAGUGAGAGGGAGGUUUUUCACCAGACUGCCUGUAGACUGAUGCUCCAUAACCCGCCGGCUGUCCGACUGGUCAUGUGGGCAGGCUCCCGGCAGGUUCUUGAGCUCUGAUCGCAUAAAGCGAACCAUUCAAUCUUCAUUGCAUGUUUUAAUUUUCUUUUUUUUUUUGGGGGGUCUGAAAGCAUUAGUGCAGUUUGUUUUAUUAUUAUGGGUUAAUACAUAUGCAUCUUUGCUUUUUUUUUAUCCGUCAUAUCAUUGUAGAACAGCGAUGGCUUCAGGAGGGGAGAAGUGGAAGUGGUGGAACCUCGAGGGGAAUCCAACAGGGACAUGCUGAUACCGCUCAGUUAAUGUUCAUGCCUUAAAUCAAUGACCUUUACCAAGUAAAGGGAUGAACAUCUUAUCUUAGCCCCCCCCCCCCCCCCCAAAAGGAUCAAUACGUCCUUGUUUUCCUCACUGUCGUUGCACCAGGCGUCUUCUCCCCAUGCGACCACACACCCUUGUCGGGUUUCCGUCGAAACCACAUUGAUUUUCGAAUCAAGUAGCAAUAACCGACGUUUUCCACGUGUGCUCUGCGCGAGAUUUGAAAAAAACACAAAACUGUCCUGCUACACGUUGCGCAUUGUCGUAGGUUUUCUUGUUUUUUCUAAGUUAUGUAAGCUAACCAUGUAUAACGUCUUUUUGCAUUCCUGUGUGUGUGUGUGUGUGUGUGUGUGUGUGUGUGUGUGUGUGUGUGUGUGUGUGUGUGUGUGUGUGUGUGUGUGUGUGUGUGUGUGUGUGUGUGUGUGUGUGUGUGUGUGUGUGUGUGUGUGUGUGUGUGUGUGUGUGUGUGUGUGUGUGUGUGUGUGUGUGAGAAAAAUUAUGUUUUGUUGAAUUUCAUAUUUAUUUAAAAAAAAAAACUGUUUUUGAUUUAAAAGUAAAUGCUACAAAAAUUGUCAUUCCUUUGCAGGCAGGAAGGGACUGUUGGAGCCAAACAAGUCAUUCAUUGUUAAACGUUUCCUUUAACGGUGAAAAGAAGUACUUGUUUCGUAAAGUCGCUUCUCAUCAGUAGCCAUAUUUUUUCCUUUCCCCAUCAUGGAGAAUAUAUUUUUCUGUCUUACCUUUUGUACAUGUGCAACCUUUAUAUUGGCUGAUGACGCCCCAAAACUAUUUUUCAACAGAAACGUGAUUGAUUUCGCUUGAGCUGAGCUCUGUGUAUAGCUAUAAUUCUUCCGACCCUGUUCAGCCUUCUCAGUAACAGUUGGGACAUACAAACAUUGCAGGUGUGGGCAACGUCGCUGUUGUAAGGCGGUACACGUAUCACCGCGGAGACGGUGGGUGACUCACGUGAACGUGUGGGAAAUGUUUGAUCCGGUCAUCGUUUAGUUUUCUUUCCCUUUUUUCCAAUGAAGUCUGGAAACAUUACAGGUGCCAUGUGUACGUUUCUGGCUGUCGCCACAUGGCUCGUGUCUGCGUCGACACCUGUUCACCUGCCGCUCUAGCACACGUGGGCUCAGCAGCAAACUUCAUUCCUUUGUGUUGCAGCGGAAAAGCAACGCCAGUGUACUCUUUUGUUCUGCCUCUGUUUCGGCCGGCAGACACCACUUACUGUACUUAUAGCACCUUUUUAAAAAUCCAGCAUAUGAGUUCGACAGCAUCUGAAAAGCUUUUCAACUGACAGCGUUUUUACAAGCCAAUAAAAUGGUCGGCUUCUUAGAAUGUAAAAUGAUUAUUACUAUUUUUUUGGGGGUCCGUCUGUGUUGGCGACUGAACCGAUCAACGUUGUGUUUGUCUGAAGUGAGCAGUUUGUGUUACUCCGUGUGAGAGUCGUGCCAUGUCCCGGUUCUCUGCUGGACAAAUGCAGUGCCUUGUUGGGGUAAAAUAUGAGUUCUUAAUGAAAAGUCAAAUCGGGAUUCAUUUUGUGUGUGGUCUUGGUUAAAUAAUGCAGGGUUUUUUUUUUUUUUCAAGGGUUUUUGUUUUGGGGGAGAAAGAAAAGUUCAAGUUAACAUUUGCACCGUGGGUUGAAAUCAAGUCACGUACAGUCAAAACUCCAGAGAGAAUUAUCUGCACAAGUGUCUUCGGGAACGAUACGGAGCAAAGCGAGUGCGAGUACACGGGCAGGAUUUUUCUGAAAAAUAAAUGUGUCCCAGCUGUAUUGAAUCCAUCAUGAAAUACAACAUUUGAUCCAAACUAUCUAAUGCUAUCAACACCUAUAAAAGGUGUAUUUCCUCGUGUGGAAGUCACUGUUGAAUUCUGCAAAAUCAGUGGAAGUUUGCGUCACAUAACAGGACUGAAGUGAAUUGACUCCAACCCUUCUUUUUUUUUCUUUUUUUUUUGAGUCUAAGUGCUUUUAAGGGAAACUGUGGCUUAUCCUGCAACUUUACAAUCAACCACAUUUAUUCCUUUUUUUUGCACUCUUUAUUUGGGUUUAAAAAGAAAAAAAAUACAGAUUUGUACUUGUCAAUUAGUAAUAGGCUACAAUAUGCCCUUUUUGUAUCGCCUUUUCUUUGACAAAAAUAAAAUUAACUAUUUUAA